UAUCAGGAGCACCAGGAGGGGACAAGGUUUUACUGUUUGAAAUAAGAUUAUUUUUUCUUACCCCAUUGGCAGAUGGACGACUAGUUGAUGAAAUGUAAGCUAUAAAUUUUGGAUCAAUUUUAAUCAAGCUGAACCGGAUCGUUCAGAUCUGAUUCCCAUUUGAUUCCCUCUGAAUUUGAACUAAGUCCUUACAAACCACACACAAUGGAAUGCGCACAUGUGACUGGGGCUAGUGCCAUCUAGUGGUUGCUGAUUUUCUUAGGCUCAGCUGGGUCAUUCUAUAAUUAAGGGUACAUUUCAAGUCCAUUGGUUGUAUUUAUCAUUUUUUACUGAAUAUUCACUUCAAGCAAUGAUCACUUUUAUAUUUGGGCACAUUCCUCUUUAUUUCAUGCAUAAAAGUCAACCAGUUCCAAAAGUUAAUUAGGAGAAAAUGCAUAUGCUGUACUGGAAAUAACAGUUUUUGUGCUGUCCGAUUUGCUAAAAGUCAAGUUUUGCCUUUCAAAUUAACACUACAAUACAUGUUUUUGUAUAUUAUUUUCAUCAUUAUUUGUUAAAAAUAAUCAUUAAAACAAGGCAAAUGUAUUUUAAAAACUAAUUCACUUGUUUAUAUCUAUUAAAUUAUUAACUUUGUGUGUGUCCGAGAAAUCUUUGUCAACUGUGUUACCCAUUGACAAAACCCCUAUAAAUCAGCAAUGGUUUGUUCCAAAGUCACAUGUCCAACAUCAUGUGAUGUCACGACCUUCAGUGGCGGGAAUUUUAAAUACAGUGUGGUAAGUUUCUACUCCUCCUCUUCAAUUUUUAAUCAUUAUUAUUGUCUACACAGAGUAGAUGAAUUGCUCAUCAACUGUGUUAUCAACAUGGUCGUGUGUACUUACUUUAGAUAUUAUAUUUACAAAAAUGUAGAUAAAAUGUAUAAAAACACUAGUUGAUCAAGGUAAUGUGGGGACAUGUUCAAGGUCUACAGUUAGCACAAGGCUCUAAAAUGGAAGAAAUGUCAACUGUGUUACUUGUCAACUGUGUUACCCAUCAAGUGUAACACAGUUGACAGGGAUUAACACGGUUGACAAUGUUGGCUGGGUUUCUUGUCAUAGUUUAUGCCUAUAUUGAGUAUUGUUGAUAAAAACAUACAUUAACUAUUGUUAUAACACAGGAAUGACAUGGUAAAAUAUGAACAAGUGUAAUUACAUAGUAAUAGUUAUUUUAUAAAAACAUGUGAUUCACAUUAAGGGAUUAAUUUAACUAAUCUUAACACUAUAAUAUUAUCUAUAUAUUGCACUGAAUAAAUCAUUACACUCGAUUAAAGGAGCAUUCCAUAGCUUUUCAGCAAAAUCUAUAUUAUCUCCAGAAAUAUACAUAUAUCAACAAACAAGGAUUUCAUGAAGUAUGGUUCAUUUUUAUAUGAUUUCAUGGUUUGGAAUGGUGGGUUUCUGCUGACAUUUAUUUAAUGUGAUCCCUAUCAAGCAAGGUUGAAAAACUAUAAAGUGCUCUUAAUCUUGUUUUAGGGAAAUUAUGUUAUCUGCUGCAGAGAAGCAGCACCAGUACAGGGCUCGGUGUGAUGCUGAUCCUGAGAGAAGGGCUGCGUAUUUACAAAAACAUAGAGUGACGUGGCAUGAGGACAAAAAGCUAGGAAAGGUGAAGACAGUGAAAGAUUUAAGUGAGAGGGAGAAGAGAAGGAAAUGAGCACAUUGGAGAAAAGCCCAACACCAGUCCAGAGAGAGAAAGCAAGUGAUAGAGAACCAGGUUACUCCACCCCUGAGUUCUGAAGUUGAUCCACAGCCUCAGAUGUCAAGACAGAGAAUUGCUGGAAGGAAGAAAGUGCAGAGAAGGGAGUCAAAAUUGUACAGGGAGAUUCAGGCUUUGAGGGAAUCACCAAGCGCCUUUUAGGAAGGUUUCCUGUGGCUAGAGCACAGAACGUUAGUUUUCCACGAUGCCCUAGUGGACAACAUCUGCAAAAAGUACGCCUCUACCAAACACAAGAAAUCUAGACAGGUAAUUGCAGCUGUAGUGUCAGGAAGAAUUUUGAAAAAAUAUAAGUUGAAAAAAAAAUUUCAGGAGAAUCUAGCAAUUUCGAGAAAACAGCAGAACCACUGUGAGAUAUCCAUAAUCUCCAACAAGAUGAAGUACAGAUCCCUAUGUUUUAAACAGCAUGACAAAGUUAUGUCCUUCUGGACAAGGGAUGACAACAGUCGCCUAACAGCUGGAAAAGCGCAAACAAUAACAAGAGGAAAGAUAAAGAAACAGAAAAGGUUCCUAAAUGACACCAUGAAAAACCUGCAUAGGAAAUUCCUCCUUGAGAGCCCCAACAACAGCAUUUGCUACAGUUUGUUCUGCCGUAUGCGGCCCUUCUGGGUGGUCCAGCCAUCCAUUGCAGACAGAGAGACCUGCCUCUGCAAGGUACAUGAGAAUCUCUGUUUUCUUGUAGAAAAGCUACAUUCUCUCAGACUCAUUGGAAGCACUGAUUUGGAGAACAUGGCAGAGUCAAUAUGCUGUGACUCAAACUUGAAGGACUGCAUGUACAGUCGUGGCCAAAAGUUUUGAGAAUGACACAAAUAUUAGUUUUCACAAAGUUUGCUGCUAAACUGCUUUUAGAUAUUUGUUUCAGUUGUUUCUGUGAUGUACUGAAAUAUAAUUACAAGCACUUCAUACGUUUCAAAGGCUUUUAUUGACAAUUACAUGACAUUUAUACAAAGAGUCAGUAUUUGCAGUGUUGGUCGUUCUUUUUCAGGACCUCUGCAAUUCGACUGGGCAUGCUCUCAAUCAACUUCUGGGCCAAAUCCUGACUGAUAGCAACCCAUUCUUUCAUAAUCACUUCUUGGAGUUUGUCAGAAUUAGUGGGUUUUUGUUUGUCCACCCGCCUCUUGAGGAUUGACCACAAGUUCUCAAUGGGAUUAAGAUCUGGGGAGUUUCCAGGCCAUGGACCCAAAAUUUCAACGUUCUGGUCCCCGAGCCACUUAGUUAUCACUUUUGCCUUAUGGCAAGGUGCUCCUUCAUGUUGUAAAAGGCAUUGUUCAUCAUUUAAACUGUUCUUGGAUGGUUGGGAAAAGUUGCUCUUGGAGAGCACAGCACGAUGGCCACGACUGUACAAUGAAUGUCCCAACUGCAAAGUUAGAGACUUUCCAGUUGCAACUGAGGGGGAUUUGCAAGCAAGUGUUUUUUUCACACAGUGGACAACAGAGAAUGUUCUCAGAGAGAAAAAGAACAAGGAUGGUGAAAAGGAGAAAGUGUCUGUCAAAACAACAGUGAAAAAGACGACGGAGACGACUUUGGAGAACCUGCUUGAGCUCUUCCAGUGCCAACUUAAAAACUUCAGAAGACAUCUAUUUAACAUAAAACGGCAAUUCACCUACCACCAGGAACUAAGGAGAAGUAUGAAAGAUCAUGAAUGCUUAAUUGAUGUAGAUUUCUCAGAAAACUAUGCUUGUAAGUACUCCUCUGAAAUACAAGCUGUACACUUCGCUUCGAACCAGCAGCAGGCAACACUUCACACUGGAGUUCUACAUGUUGGUGGAGUGGAAGAACAUGUGUGCUUUGGCACAAUCAGCUCAUCAAAAGAGAAAGGCCCAGCAGCCAUAUGGACCCAUCUUUCCCCAAUCCUCGAUCUGGUCAAGGCUUCCUAUCCCAAUGUGACUGUGGUGCAUUUCUUCAGCGAUGGGCCAUGCACACAAUACAGACAAAAAGGCAAUUUCUAUAUGUUUUGCACUAAGCUGCAGAAAUAUGGGUUCAAAGCAGGCACCUGGAACUUUUUUGAGGCAAGCCACGGCAAGGGUGCUCCAGAUGGAGUUGGAGGCCUCCUCAAAAGGACUGCUGACCGACUUGUCAGCCAUGGGAAAGGCAUCCCAAAUGCUGAGAUCUUCUUCAAUGCACUGGUGGAUGCACAGACCUCAGUAAAACUGUUCUACAUAAAUGAGGAUAAUGUAGAUGAAGCCACAAAGAAUAUGCCACAUAGUCUCCCGGUGGUACCAUCAACCAUGCGCAUUCACCAAGUGGUAACAAUUACCCCAAGAAAAAUCAGUUACCGAGAUGUGAGCUGCCUUUGCUCAACGAGACAGACCCUGGAGUGUCAAUGUGAUGACCCCAAAACGUUUACCUUUGAGGUUCAGGCAACAGCACCCACACAGAAGAAUAACAGUGAAGACCUGCCUGAAAUUUCUUGGCAAAACUCAGACAUCAUUGGCAAGUGGUGUUCUCUCAAAUAUGAUGACGAUAUUUAUCCUGGCAUUAUUCAAGAGGUGACUGAAACGCAUGUCGAAGUCAAAUGUAUGCACCGGAUUGGAGUCAACCGCUUUUUCUGGCCAACACGGGAUGAUGUCCUAUGGUAUUUGCAUGAUGACAUCAUCAGGAUGAUUCCUCCUCCAACUUUUGUGACCUCACGUAGAGAUCAUGUGGAGAUCGACAGAGACAUAUGGUCCAAAAUCUCAGAAAUGUGAACUGUCAGAAAUCAAAAGGAACACGAAAGGACAAAAGAAACUGGAAGAUGAAAUAGACUACAAGUAGGAUGAGUUGGAAAGGACUGUUUUGUGAAUGAGACUAAUGUAGUAUUAACAGCAUUUUUUAAAGUUUUUGUUUGUUUUCUCCAUUGUUUCAAGAGAGUUAAUUAAUUACUUGUUGCUGACACUUGUCAAAAUAAAAAGGUUUUAUUUUAAAGAAAGGUUUCUCUUUUUCUCCUAAUGCAUCCUGUCAACCGUGUUACUUCUG